CAGAAGCAACAGCUGACUGUGACACUUGUGUUCUCCGUAAAGAAGAAGAGGAAAUUGUUGGAAAAAUCGCAAUUCGCAAAUUACAAAAUUAGAUUUCGUGCAAUCGCAGGCAUUUGCUGCCUCCGUUUUGUAGGCCAACUAAGUGGCGUGACCGUGAGCAGUGGUGGAUGCAAAAAUCCGAGAGAGCAGCGUACCCGCAAUUCUCUGCAGCCUGAUAUGAGAUUAACCAGGCGAAUCGUGGCCAGUUGAUUCCAGCCCAGAAGACACCAUGUUCCGGAGUCGCAGCUGGUUCGGCGGACCGUGGGGCGGUCGGCCCAAGAACCGCCUGUCACUGGAGCACCUCAAGUACCUGUACAGCAUCCUGGAGAAGAACACCACCGUGUCAGAGAGCAAUCGUGGCCUGUUGGUGGAAUCUCUGCGCUGCAUCGCAGAGAUCCUGAUCUGGGGCGAUCAGCAUGACUCCUUGGUGUUUGACUUCUUUCUGGAGAAGAAUAUGCUCUCCUACUUCUUGCACAUCAUGCGACAAAAGAGCGGCGGCUCCAGCUUUGUGUGCGUCCAGCUGCUGCAGACACUCAACAUACUCUUCGAGAACAUACGCAAUGAGACGUCACUUUACUACCUGCUGAGCAAUAACCAUGUUAAUUCCAUCAUGGUGCACAAGUUUGACUUCUCAGACGAAGAUGUGAUGGGCUAUUACAUUCUUUUCUUGAAGACGCUCAGUCUAAAGCUGAAUACCCACACAAUACACUUCUUUUACAAUGAGCACACAAACGAUUUCCCCUUGUACACGGAGGCCAUUAAGUUCUUCAAUCACCCCGAGUCUAUGGUGCGGAUAGCUGUGCGAACCAUUUCCUUAAAUGUAUACAAGGUUCAGAACUCCAGCAUGUUGCGUUUUAUCCGAGACAAAACUGCUGCUCCGUACUUUAGUAAUCUUGUUUGGUUUAUUGGCAAACACAUUCUGGAACUAGAUACAUGUGUGCGCACAGAUAUAGACCAUCAGUCCAAUCAGAAGCUGUCUAAUUUGGUGGCCGAGCACCUGGAUCACUUGCACUAUUUAAGUGAUAUUCUGCUGCUCGACAUCAAGGAUCUGAAUGCGGUGCUCACAGAGCACUUGCUGCAUAAGCUCUUUGUGCCACUGUAUAUAUUCUCACUGACGCCAGCUCCCCCGCCGCCCUCGUUGGCAGUGGUCACCCAGAAUCUAGCUGCCGUGCUCAAUCGUAAUGUGGACAUCGACAUUCAGGAGAUGCACAACCCUCGAGUGAGCUCCAUAGUGGCCCUUUUCCUUCUCUCACUGGUCUUCCUUGUGGUUUCGCAUGCUCCGCUGGUACACGCUUUGGCAUGGGUAAUCCUAAAUGGCGACCACAGCGUCUUCAAGGAGGGCGCAGCCGAGAUUCUCAACUCGUACGUUGAGCACCGCGAGGUGGUAGUGCCUGGCUUCGGGGAGCCCAACGAGAGUCUCGAGCAGGCCUUGGAUACGGUCACCGGGCAGUCCAGCGCCGCUAGCUAUGCCCUUAGCGAGGACAGUGGCGUGGAAUCCUCAUCUCCAGCUACUACGGAACUGGACUCCAACGCAGAUGUGGCGGAAGCGGAACCGACGAAGCUGCGAAACAUUACCGACGAGGAAAAGCAACUUCUGCAGAAGUCAUCUUCCUCGGCAAAGUCGGACUUUGGGGAGGUGGCCAAACCGUUUUUGGACACAGUCCUGCAUGCCCUGGAUUGUACAGAAAACGAUUACCUGGCUCUCCUGUCGUUGUGCCUCAUAUACGCCAUGUCACACAACCGUGAUGGCAUCAAGAACGAGUGGUUCGAGCAGGUUCUGGCCAAGUCUACGCGAGGUUCCUUCAGCUACAAGACAGCGCUAGUUGAGCAUCUGCUGAACAUCAUAACACAGUCCAGUCAGCCAUCUUCCCGCAUUCGCUUGAUUACCGUGGAGAUUGCCCUAGAGCUGCUGGUUACAUUUACCCGUCCCAACUCAGAUGAGACUCGUUGCAUCACCACCGCCCAACAGGAUCUGCUCUUCAGUGCCCGCAACCAGUCAAUGGUGGUGCUGCGAAACUUUUACAAGUCGGAGGACAUAUUCCUUGAUCUGUUCGAGGACGAGUACAAUGAGAUGCGAAAGGCACACCUAAAUGUGGAGUUUCUGUGCAUGGACUCAACCAUUUUACUGCCUCCCACGGGAACGCCCCUCACGGGCAUCAAUUUCACGCGCCGCCUGCCCUGCGGAGAGGUGGAAAAGGCCCGCCGUGCCAUUCGCGUGUACUUCCUGCUGCGACGAACGUGCCAAAAGUUUCUGAACGAAAAGGAGUCACUGCUACCGCUUACAAAUGUUGUAAAUUUGGUGCAGGUGGAAAAUGUACUGGACUUGAACAACAGUGAUCUGAUUGCCUGCACCGUAGUGGCCAAAGAUAGCAGCAAGCAAAGGCGCUUUCUGGUUAUUGAUGCACUGCAGUUGAUCCUCGUCGAGCCGGAUGCGAAGCUGUUGGGUUGGGGAGUAGCCAAGUUCGUGGGUUUCCUGCAGGACGUGGAGGUGCAGGGUGACAAGGACGACUCGCGCUGUCUGCACAUCACAGUGCAUCGAGGCGGCGUCACUCAUAAUCGCACUCCGCUGCUCUCGGCCAAAUUUUUGUUUGACGAUCACAUCCGUUGCAUGGCGGCCAAACAGCGCCUGACCAAAGGACGCAGCAAGGCGCGGCAAAAGAAGAUGUAUCAGAUUGCGCAGCUCAUAGAGAUUCCCGGACAGAUGGACUCACCAGUGUUUGCAGUGGGUGGCACCAUGGCAGCCUCCAGUGGCGGCGGUAGCGGAAACAGUAGUGGCAGCAGCUCACGAAGCAGUCACCAUCGACCCAUGUUCUCCACGGCCAAUCGGGUGCCUGGUUUUGCCGCAGUCCUGCGGGGAAACAACAGCGCCGGGGUCAGCCGUACCCAGAUGGCACAAAACCGCUCCAUCGAAGGCAUUAGGAAUGAAAGCGCAGGCCGCUCCCGACGCCGCAGUCCCAGUUCCACUUCGGGCUCGAAUCUGAGGGCAGAUAACUCGGAUCGGGAGCGAUCUCCUAGUGUGAGCAUGGGCAGCCAUAGCUCCUCACAAUCUCGAGAGAACUCCCAGCCCAGAAGUUCCGGCAAUCGAUCGAGGGAAAGCAGUCCCAGGAUGCCCAGGCCGCGUUCAGAGGAGAUUCCCCUGGAGGAUUUCCAGCACUCGCGCACUAACAGUCCGCAUUCGCGGGGCAACCCCUCGCCCGCCUCCCGCUCGCACACGCCCAUCCGGGUGCUCCACUACGAUCAGUUAUCCGGGCACAGCGGAUCGCCCCGAGAAGCGUCCAUGGUGGGCACCAACGCCCUUCUCAGUCAGCUUAAUGGCCUCGCACGCGAGGUGUUGCCGGUUCAAAGCUCCGAGGAAACAUCUUUUAUAGGAAACGACGGAAACGAAGCCACUGGGGGUUCGGAGGGCAGACGACGAGGAGCCAUUGAGACGGUUUAAACUACAUAGUUUAGAAAUUUUAGUAUUACACUUGUGGAGCCUUAUGCUUAGAUUGUUGCUAACCUUUUGUUAUUCCAAUUGACUAAUAUGGUGGUACAGACUCCAAUUGCUUUUCUUUUUAAAUAAAAGUUGAUUUGACGAAUUUGAUGUGAAA